AUGAAUGACGGGAAGAAAAGUAGGAGGAGGCGUUCUAGCAGUCUGAUAUAUCAGGAGCCACCCGAGUCUAUUGAGCAUAUGAGCGAUCAGUCGGCGUUGCCAAACGUAAAUGCAGAUUGGGUCAACGCAAAAGGAGCCUGGGCCAUCCACGUCAUAUGCAUCAUUGGUCUCAAGCUCCUCUUCGACGUCAUUCCAGGAGUCUCCCAAGAAACAUCAUGGACACUUGUCAAUAUCGUCUACAUGUUCAGCUCAUACUUGAUGUUUCACUACGUCCGAGGUGUCCCCUUUGAGUUCAAUGCUGGGGCCUACGACAACCUGAACAUGUGGGAGCAGAUCGACAAUGGGGAUCAAUACACUCCGGCAAAGAAAUUCCUUUUGAGUGUUCCCAUAGUUCUCUUCCUUUUGAGCACACACUACACACAUUACGACCUGACGUACUUUAUCAUCAAUUUCCUUGCCGUUCUAGGCGUUGUGAUACCCAAGCUGCCUUCUAGCCAUCGGAUGCGAGUGAAUCUGAUGCUCGAAUGUCGUCAGGGGACAGACUUGUACAUCCUCUGCGGAAGCAAAGAGAUGGCAGUCUAUCGUGCCAUAGUAUGGUCGCAAUCACCGCGUCUCAAAGACCUCUCCAUUGUUGAAAUGAGUCAGUACAGGUUCAGCAAUUAUUCACACUUUGAGGAAUCCGGAGAGUUCGGGGUUUCCGGUGGCCCAGGCGCCCGUCUUCACGUGGUCGUGUCUACCCUGGCGAAGAAGUACAAGCUUCCAGCUCUGGCUCUGCUGGCGAGGAAGCAUUUCAUCGAAGCUGUCAAAGAGCAUCGGGACACGAACUUCCCUCUAUUUGCUGGCGAUGGCCUGGCAGCAAUCUAUGCAAAGCCAAUGCCAAAGCCGGACCUGACUCCGGAAGGCGGACGGAAAGGGCCUUGGGACUUGGAGCCGGCUGAGUCGAGUUUCAUCAACAAACUCUGCUACCUACAAAUCGAAUUGCGCGCUGAAAUAUGGGUUAAAAAUCUCUACACUACGCUGUUUGAUUAUGGAGCGGUUGGAGAGCCGGAGACCGCAAAGGCGCUUGGAAGGACGUCAGACGGAUCCCUCGGGCAGUUUGAACUCGGUUCUGGAGGACACCUUCCGGAUGCCCUCGAAGUCUUCAAGGAGAAGUUCAAAGACUCGACUGGGCUUGACUGGGCAAACACGUUCGAUCAGCCUGGGGCGUCCAAGUACACUGACAUCGAAAUCCGAUUGUAUAGCGUCCUUGACGGGUGGAACAACCCCGUGAGCAAGCCUUUGCAAAUCAAAGCUAACCAUCACAAGAUGAUGUACCCACAGCCAACCUCGCCAACUCUCUCCGACGUCUCCAAGCCACGCACAUCCUCACGCCUCCACAGCGACCAUCUACCCGACCGAGCGGAGACCACGGGCUCCUCUUUCGCAGGAGCACCGGAGCCUCUUUUUCCAACCUGCCCGUCCGCCUCGACCGGAAUCCCCGCGCCUCCCACCGAGUGA